UGUCCGAGCGGAUUGGUCUAUUGUCGUUUGUGUUCCAAAACAACCUAAAAAAGACGCAGUGCGUCUACACACCGAGCUCAUUCACGAAAGUAGCAGACCUCUCGGAUCCUUAUUCUCCAGUUUCACCGUCCAACUAAUGGCUAUUUACACGUGACAUGGUAGCAGUGGGUAAUGAAUGCCUUGUGUUUUAAAGACUGUCAUAUUAAGGAUACUUCCGCAUGCCAAAAUGAGUACAAUAAUUGAUAUAAGCUCGGGCAGCGAUGAAGAGCCGGACCUGGAGAUAGUAGGCGUGUUCAGAAAAGUCUGCAACUGCAAGAAAUUGUCUGGAAUAAAAUAUGUUGCGCGGAACUUCAUCGACUUGACAAAAAAUGACAAUGACCAGAAGCGCCACAGACAUAGGAAGAGCUCAAAUGAUCUUACAGUAGAGGUGGUGGACCUGAGCAAGUGCAGUUCUCCCACAGAGAGCAGCAGGGGGCAGCAGAGCCCCCUCAAUUCUGAGAAUGUGCUCACCAUUUUGUCAGAGGAGGAGGAGGAGGAGGAAGAGGUGAAUCCAAAAGUUAAUGAGCCCUCUGCAGCCACCAGCGCCAUGCAGCCGCCUGACCUAGGACUCUCUGGCUCUUGCUCCCUCAAUGAUCUCCUGGACACGGACAUGUCUUCCCCCACACUCCCUCAAUACCAGUUCCUGGAAGACUGCCAGUUUGAAAUCCAAAAUGAAUCCCAUUCCUCUGGGGCAGAGAAAGAGGAUCUGUUUAAACUGUGCUCCCGCGGUACCAAGUUGCUCCACAGUAUCGCAGCUCCUGACGUGGGCACCGACCAGCCCUGUUCUUCAGAUACAAACUCUGCAGAACCCCAGGAGCACAGCAUGGAACCCUGUGAGGUUGACUCUCAGAGAUGGCUUGACAGUAGAGAGCCGCAAGACAGACAGUCCAAAAUGCCCCCUUCUUCCCAUGAACUUGACAAGUCCACUAAUUGGCCUUUAACAGUUUCCUGUUCAAGUGGCAGCCGUGCUGCCAUCUCAAACGAAGAUAACCAUCAGCAGGGAGAGUGUAGCGAGUCCUCUUGCAAGAGGUGGCAACCAGAGGGCACUGCCGAUGAGCUCCUUUGUCUGCAGUGUUCUGUUAAAAACCUUCCUACCGAUACAGAGCAGCCUAGUUGCCAUUCCUUAACAGAGCAGCAGCAGGGAUCACUUCGUUGUUCUUCCCAGAUUGAUUCUAGUUUUAACGAACAGAAAGUUGUUGAAACCAGCAGCCUGACUUCCACGGAGAUUCUGGCCGGUGACUCUCCCGACUGGCUGAUGGACUGUGACCUCCCCUCCCCUCAGCUGGACAGUCCCGACAGCCUGCCCUUUCUGGAUGAGAUGGAGUCAUACUCUGAACCCUGGAACAGCCUUUCAGAUGGGAAGGCCUCUCCCCUACGGUCCCCUCCUUUGCUGAGACAGGAGGUGAAUGGGGAAGGGGACGAAACCAUGUCGGAGUGUUACUCCAGUGUGGAAACAGAGCAGGAGCAGGAACAGGAACAGGAGCAGGAUCUCUACUACAUAGACCGUGCUAAGCGCAAGAGGCUCAGUUUAUUCACCGGCAUGCCAAUUCAGCACAUGCUUCCCUGGAGAAUGACGGAGGAGGAGGAGGAGGAAGAUCAAGGUGACAGUGGGUCUGAUCUGAGUGAGGAUGAAGUGCCGCGGGAGCCCAUCUCUCAGCGAAGGUUGCGGCUGGCUCUCUGCACCAUUGAGGAGAACUACCCCCAGGCCACCCUGGAGUUCCUGUUUGAUUUUUUGACCCCGCGCUACUACCCCCCUGCUGACACAGUCAACCACGUCCUCCGGGAGAUCCUGCUGAACUCUGACUCCCCCAUCCUCGCUGAAGAAGCCUACACCCUGCUUAUGAAGAUCCAGCUCUUUCACCCUGCAGAUCUGUCUACAAUUCAGUGGGACUGGGAACUUGUUUCCUCUGUCAUGGAUGAGAAGAACAAGAAAAGCCAGUCUCCGACCACAGGGCCGCUGUUCCUACAGUACGUGGUGCAGACCCUGGAGGAUGAUUUUCAGCGCAGGGUAGGGCAGCAAUCAUUGCAGUGCUCCAUCGUCAAGGCAAUGCUUUCCUGUGACAGGAAGUUUACCCAUGUCAGAGAUGUGGUGGACUGGUUGAUAAGUGCUGUUACAAACAUCACUGGGCAAGAAAAGAAGAAAAAAACAGGAGAUGAUUACAGACUCAAAGUGGUGUUCCUGCUCCAGAAGAUGCUGGCCCUGGCAGUGGAGGUGGAUCGCUCCCCUACAUGCAGCUCCAACAAGCUAUCUGGGGAGAUGUUCCAGUCAUUUUUUGGCAGUGCUCUCAGGAGGCAUCACAUAGUGCAGCUGUUGAACACUAUGGAGAGCCAGCUGCUGUGCUGCAAGCUGCUCGAGUUUUUCUUAGGCUAUGCCUGUCCCCUCAAAACACAGAUGCACAUGUCACUAGGCCUGAUCCUGCACUUCCUGCGACACGCCGAGCUUCCUCAUGACACCACGGGCGGUGCAGAAGAACGGUGGCUGCGAUGGGAUGAUUUGCUUAACCUGCUGUUGCUGCUGUUCCACAGUUACCAGGAGGUCACCAAUGGUUAUCUUCGAUUCUCCAUCACGGAACGUGCAAAGUACUAUGGCACAAGGCCUGCGGUGAUCGAGGAAGACAAGAUUACAGAGAUGGAAGUCGAAUCAGAUUUAGACACUUUCCGCAGAAGAGUAUCCAAAGACCUGGGCGAGCCACUAAACUUGCAGCUGGAGGAACAACUCAGCCAACUGCAAUGUCUCCUCCUCAACUCAAUUACAGGGAAAAAACAAUAAACUUCUAUUUUGCUCAUGUAAAUAAAUGGUUUAAUCCACUUUUUUUAA